AUGGCGACAUUUAUCAACGAUGUGGCAUUCAGGUUUCGUUCGUAUGUCACUGGUGAACACGACGGUGGUGGCGGUGACAACCACGACGGUCAAACGAAGCAUGUUGAGGAAGUUUCUCAGUAUAUUCAGUUUGGAUUAUGGUGGAUUGCACUUGGUGUUGCAUCUUCAAUUGGUCUUGGAUCUGGUCUGCACACUUUUGUUCUUUAUUUGGGUCCUCAUAUUACUUUCUUUACAAUAAAAGCAAUGCAAUGUGGACGAAUAGACCUGAAAAGUGCUCCUUAUGAUACGAUACAAUUGAAGAGAGGUUCUUCAUGGCUAGACAAAUCCUGCAGUGAUUUCAGGCCUCCAUUGUUUUCAUCAUCACAUGGGUCAGGGGUUCCCAUUAGCAGCAUAUUGCCACAGGUGCAGAUGGAAGCUAUCUUAUGGGGUCUUGGGACUGCAAUUGGAGAGCUUCCUCCUUACUUCAUCUCAAGAGCAGCCAGUCUAUCAGGCAGCAAUUUUAACGUCAUGGAAGAAUUGGAUGUUUCCUCAAGUGAGAAUACUGGAAUCAUAGCUACUCGCUUGAACCAGAUCAAGCUCUGGUUGUUAUCCCACUCCAAACACAUGAACUUCUUCACCAUUUUAGUGCUUGCCUCGACGGUGUUCAUCAUCUCUGUCUGUAAUAAUCAACUCCUGGAAUGGAUAGAGAAUGAAUUGAUCUGGCUGCUCAGCAGCCUCAUACCUGGUUUCGACUCUUACUUUCCCACACUCACUGCAAAACUUCAUGCAGUCAAGGAAGAGUACUUGGCUUCCCCACAUCCAAUCCCUUCAAAUAUGAAGGGGAAGUGGGAUUUCUCUUUUUCUUCGAUCUGGAACACCGUCGUGUGGAUUAUGCUUAUGAACUUCUUUGUCAAGAUUGUCAAUGUGGCUGCUCAGAACCAUUUGAAAAAGCAGCAAGAUAAGCAGCUUCCGGGGAAGUUAUCUGCCUCAACACAUUGAGGUUAGGAAUUCAUGAAGCGGAUAUACCUCAUCUCAUCGCCCUUUUUUUCUUUGUUUAUGAAUAGUGUUAGCGAACUACAUGUUACUACUCUUUUCAUAAUUUACCAUUGAAGCAACUCCAAAAGAACUCACUGCCCUGUUAGAAGCAUUGUAUAAAGAAAAAUAGGAACAUAGACAAAUAGAAUCUACAGGUUUUAUAAUUCCUGUGUAAAGCAGGUGGUGAUCAUUGUUUUUGUCCCGGUGUUAACAACUAUUUGACACUGGGAAAUUUAUUCUUUGGUAAUGCAAGACUUC